GUUUAAAGGUCAUACAGCUCACGAGCAAUUACGUAACUUGGAAUAAAAGGCUGGGUUUUUUUUCCAUACAACAAACUUUACAAAGCAGUCGAUCGAAAAGGAGGAAACAAAAACGAAAAUAGGAGAAAUUCCAUUUUGUUAGAAAACUCUGUCACAUAAUAUGGAUAUAGAGAAACUAAAGGAAGUAGCAUGUGAAGCUAUAGACAAAGCAGCAGAAGAUCUAGCGAAAUUGAGUCACUUCAUUUGGUCCAAUCCUGAGCUUGCUCACGAGGAAUUCAAAGCUCACGACGCUGUCACUGAGAUCUUGGAUAAGUACAAGUUUCCACAGGUGGACAGGAAGUUUAUUCUUCCCACAGGCUUCAGAGCAGUGUGUGGUGACAAAGCCAAGGGACCACAUGUGGCGCUUUUAACGGAAUAUGAUGCCCUGCCUGAAAUAGGGCAUGCUAGUGGCCACAAUCUCAUUGUAGAGUCCGGUGUGGCUAUUGCGAUUGCACUUAAAGCAUGUUUUGAAGCAGCUGGUCAACCUUUCGGGAAGGUCAGUUUACUGGGCACCCCGGCCGAGGAACAGAGGGGAGGGAAGCUGUCCUUCAUCAAAGCACAAGUAUUCAAAGAUGUCGAUUUUGCAAUGACCGCCCAUCCCUCUCAGUACUAUAUAUCCAGACCAAAUUAUGUAGCCAUAUCAGAAGUAACUAUGCAUUUCACUGGAGUAGAGGCUCAUGCUGCUGAGUUUCCCUGGGAAGGAGUUAACGCCCUUGAUGCCGCCAUCUUGUGCUACAACAAUGUCUCCUGUAUGAGGCAACAACUCCCUCCAGGCUGGAUGCUUCACGGCAUUGUGACUGAUGGGGGUGCUAGGCCUAACAUUAUACCAAGGACCGCAGCCUUGGAGUAUUACAUCAGAACCCCAAAGAACAGGAAUCUAAAGAAACUAGAGAAAAUGCUUAAGAACUGUGUGGAUGGUGCAGCUCUGGCUACUGACUGUGAUGUUAAAAUGAAGUUACAUUCCACCUUCCUGAAUCUGCUGACCAACGAAGAGAUGACCAAGACCUAUGAGGAGAACGCCAGUCGACUGGGUAUACAGACAGACACGGACAAGGAGUCCAUUCUGAAGAAGCUCGGGGGCUCCACCGAUGUCGGCAAUGUGUCCUAUGAAGUUCCCACUAUACACCCUGAGUUUGAGAUAGGAGCGGACUGUAACACCCACUCCAUGGAUUUCACAACUGCUGCUGGUGAUCCAAAAGCCCAGAAAUAUACCUUAGACAUGGCCAAGGCUCUAGCUAUGACUUGCAUUGAUAUAAUGCUUAAACCAGAACUACUAGCCAAAAUUAAAGCUGAAUUCGAAGUAGAGUCACAAUGAUGAAGCAUUUAUUAGAACUUUUUCCAAUUUUUAAAAGAUAUUGAUGUCCCAUUAAGAUGAAUGUGCAUGUUUUUACCCACUCUUCUUUCAGUUGAUUUUAAAUGUUGUUUCUCAGUCUUUGUGUCCACGGAGAGAUAAAUUGAGCUUUGUAGUUUGGAUCUUGCAUUUAAUUUGAAAAAAUGCAAUAAACUUUAUCCCAAGUUUUUUAUGUGCCAUAUAGAUUAAGUCUUCUUGCUCGGGUCAGUACCAGUAUUUUAAUGAUUUUGUGAAGGAAAAAAACGUUGGUUGUGGUCAUGAUUAUCAAAACAGUCUUUAUGUGAUAGACCAAAAAAAUACCAAAAUAUGCAUAAUUUGUUUGUCUUUAAUGUGGGGAUUUUACCAGUAGAAGUAGUUAAUGACUUUUGUACUUAAUUGCAUACUGUGUGACAUUUUAUAAGAGUUUCACUGGUGUACCAGUAUAAAUGUUUCAGGCAGGUGAUGGCAGGUAUAUCAAUUUUUUUUUAUAGAAUGCAAUUAUCAAUGUUGGUCUUUUAUUUUGAUUUACUGUAUUAUCAUUUUUUGAAGCCUCAGGGUUUUAUUAUAUACAUGCUAGCUUGCAAGUAGUCAAUGUCAAAUAUUAUCAGAUUUCUGGUGUAAAAAUUUAUCAGAUUGGAAUAGUCGGCUUCAAAAGUGACAAUAAAGAAAACACAUAAAUUUUGCACUGCUUUAUACACAAUGCAUUCACGUGUCAUGUAUUAUUGGAUGAAAGUCAUAGUAAAUCUACUAGACAGUCUAAAACAAUUUCCUCUUAAAGUCAGAUGUCUUUGGUUUUGAUAUACAACACACAAUCACUGUAUUAAUUUUUCCAUUUUAAUUAACUUGCAUGCAGAUUAUUGUGAAUUUACAUGUACUUCUCUGGAUGAUGAAGUCUGUCUCAAAGUUGCUGUGGUUUAUUUCAUAACAACGAGUAUGCUUGUACAUGUAAGAUUUGUUUCAGCAUUGGGUUUUUUUUUCCCUCAAAUAAAACACGAAUCUCUUCCA